CAGCGACGGGUGGUUGUUUCAUUGCAUCCGAGCUAAUCUUCGCAGCAGCUGCUCCCGCACUGAUGGGAAUCGAGUUCGCACCAGCAAUUUUUAGCUUCUCAUCUGGCAGCUGUGAUUGACCGUUUGCUUGCUGAAGAUGUUGUGGCGUUGUCUUCUCUUUCCCCUCAUUCGUCGCGGAAGACCGCCCUGUUUCUGUUCCCGUGGGAGCGCAACUUGUCAGUGUGCUAGUGGUUUGAGCAUUGGUUGAACUAUUACUGCCGCUGCUGUUGUUUCCUUCGCCGUUUCCUGCCUUUGGCUUUCUAUCGCCCUGAUCGCUAUCUCCUUCCUCACUUGGGGAGCGACUUCCACUCGAAUUGUUGAAUCCCCCGUCGCUCUCAAAAUUGAACCCAAAGGAAGUGUUUCCGAGACUCACGAGCGCCGAAUUGUCUGAGUUGUUUCCACCGCCCUCUCCGUUCGAUGAAGACGAGUUGCUGGCAUUCUCAGAAUCUUUCCCCGUAACAUCCUUAAGGGAAGAUGUGCUCAUUGUGCUGUUGUUGUUUUCGUCUUUGCUACAAUGUUAUGUGCCCCUGGUAUGUGCACUUCCAGUGGCUUUUUUAUCGCUGUUGAAUUUCGAUAGUAAAAACGAAAGUGAUACCACACGGUUUUUACAGUACUAGAAGUAACAAUUUUGCACGUGCGCGCGGAACUCCGUACGAGUUGUUUCUCGAGAGUGGCUUCCUGUGUGCGAAUUUUAGCACUGCGACGUAUCUCGUUAAAACUACGGUUUCGGUAACACUAACUGUCACUGUGUUGUUGAGUUGUGUGUUGCUAGGUGACACCAAUGACCGAUUGUUGUUGUUUGUUAUCUGUCGCGACAAUUGGAUUCGAUUUCUUUUCUCAUCUUCUUUCGAGAGUUGAAGAAAGUUUAGUUUUGUCUUGUAAGUACUCUUGCUCUCACUGUUCUUCGCGACAUGUCAUAUGAAAGUUUUCUCUUCUGAUGUUUUGCUUCAUUGCUGCAGUCGGGAAGACACAAAAAAAUUGGUGUCGUGUGAUUGAAGAAGAAGCAAGCUCUCUACGAGGACGCAUGUUUUCGUCGCAAUUGAACGUUCUUUUUUUCAAUUUCCUUAAGUAACGGAAUCCACGUCACCGGUAGCCGUGAAAAAGCGUUUUGGGCCACGAUAACAUUAUAAUAUCUAUGGAACAUACCGUAGUGAGAUUCGAAAGAUAUGAUGAUACAAUACUUUAGCAAUUACUGGUUCGUACGGUACUUCCAGCAACCAUCAAAAAAUCUAAAAUCUCUGAAAUCCUAGCUAGAACUAUGGUACGUACGGUAGCUGUAGAACUACUAGCACAGUACGAGUUUUUUGUCCUCAAAAUACAGUAGUUUUGAUUUCAGAAGUACCGUACCGUAGUACCGUUAUGGGUGAUGGGAAGAUCUUCGUGAACAGUGAAGAAGCGCACCAGUGUAAAAGAGAAGUCGAUGAAGAGAACAAUAAUCGACAUCGCUACCGGAUUGAUCUGAAGAUUUAGAAACCCUCCCMCCCCAGUGUCGCUAUGCAGGGUCGCUUGUCCUUGACAAUCCAGACGGCGGCACGCUUGCUAGAUUCCGGCUUGGUGACCUCAUCACAACUGUCCUUAUUUUGUCACUCCAUGGCUGUCGCGGGAGAAAAAAAUUGGGGAUUGAACGCAUUCAACCAUUUGAUUCCUUGGAAUGUUAUUUCAGAAAAUGCACGGGAAUCUGACGAACGACGGCAAAAUGGAGAACCCCUGUCGAUCUUUGACGGGAUUCCUGUGUCGAUCAAGUCAAACAUCGCCGAAAAAACGUUGCCGCUUACGGCAGGAAGUGCCAUUCUUGGUCAUCAUCCCAUUGGCGCAACGAAGGUCACCGGUGCUUCAUCACCGCCUCCUUGUGGAUACGAUGCCGACACGACACGGAUACUUCUCCGCGAAAAGGGUGGAAUAUGCAUAGGAACGACGAGCAUGGAYGAAUUCGGAAUGGGAAGCUUGGGAACCAAUGUGCCACCUGGGCUUCCUGGCGAAAGCCCGGGGUUUGUUAAAAAUCCCUUGCCGUUUUUACAGCAUCUGUAUUUCGACGACGUCGACGAAGAUAUAAAUGGAAUGACAGUUGGAGAAGGCAGAACCGGAACGAGGAGUGGAUUUAACGACGAACGAUUGGCCGAAAUCAUUCGAAUGUCACCGGCAGCUAUCUCCGAUAAGCACGCUGAAGCAAUCGAACGUUAUCGGAAUAUGGAAGCAGAAGAUGGAAGCACCUCUUAUUCAUACUCGGCGGGAGGGUCGUCGUCCGGCUCUGCAGCUUCUGUGGCGCAUGGGUCCAGUUUGUUGUCACUGGGAACGGACACGGGGGGAUCAGUUCGGCUUCCUGCGGCAUGGUGUGGUCUUGUGGGAUUGAAACCUUCCUAUGGACUUCUUUCCCGACACGGAGUCGUUAGCUAUGCAUCGUCUUUUGAUACAGUUGGGGUCUUGGCAAAUUCUGUGGACUGUGCCGCGUCCGCCUUGGAUAUCUUGGCGCAUCGCAACCAGGAUUUUAGUAGAGAUUCGAACUUUUCUUCUUAUGGCAGAAACAUCGAUGGGAGUUAUAAAGAAUCGAGUUCCGAUGCAUCGUUUGCAGAAAUAGGGCUUGCACAGGCGCUGCUCUCGGAGAAUGAGAAUCCAAACUAUCAACCGUUGUCUGGAAUACGAGUGGGCAUCCCUUCUGCCUUUUCUGUAAAAGAAUGUCCAGAAGAAAUUCGCACUAGUUGGUCUCUUGCAGCGGAUAUCUUGGAGGACAACGGUGCAGAAAUUAUUGAAAUAUCAACCGAGGAUAUCGACCCCGGACUCGUCCAAAAGGCUUUGUCGGCAUACUAUGUCUUGGUAAGUGCGGAGGCGAUGUCCAAUCUUAGCCGUUACGAUGGAUUCCGGUACGGAGUGGCAGCCGACGAAGAAGAAACGGCGAGCGAAACCGAAGGGAACAGACUGACGCAGAAUACUAGUGACGAUGGCAUGACUCCACUGGAACGGCAAUAUUCUGCUUCGAGGAGCAAGGGUUUUGGGUCUGAAGUAAAGAAACGAAUUCUGUGCGGUGCGUCGGUGUUAUCCUCCGACAAAUUCCAUAGUUAUUACGAGGCAGCCGCAAAGCUCAGAGCGGCCUUGGCAGAUCAAAUGACUUCGGUWUUGGAAGAAAAAGCUGAUCUACUUUUGUUCCCGACGGUCCUUUCUUUGCCUCCCAAAAUAGGAAAUGGAACUUCCUUGGAGGGCAAUGGCAACAAUACGGCAAUGUUUGCGAACGAUGUAAUGACCGUCCCCGCCUCGCUCGCUGGGCUCCCAGCGGUUUCCAUUCCUGUUCCUAUCGAAGGAGAAGACAAAUUUCUAGGCGGUAUACAACUGGUAUCAUCGCGUCUCAGAGAGUCAGUAAUGUUGAAAUCUGCUAGAGUGCUACAGUAGUUCAAGAAGCGCUAUUUUGAAGAGCCCAUAUAUUGGGUAUUCUUGUACUAUAAAUCCAAGUUUGUAAC